AAAGAGGCGGAGACGGAGAAGGAGGAGAAGGAGGAGAAGGAGGAGAAGGAAAGAGACGAAGAAGAAGAAGAAGAAGAGCAAGGGAAACGACCAAACAGGGAAUAGAGGGCAGAGACAGUACAUAAACGCAUGCACACUUGCACUCAUACCGAAAAGCGGUGAAAAUCAACAGCAGCACCACAUUUGAAAACAUUGAACUCAAUUAUGGUUUGAGUGACUUCUUGUGGUUUCCGUUUUGUAGUAGUGCCUGAGUGAAGUGAGUGUUUGUGGUUGUACUUCAUAAAAAAAACGCUCUUGGGGUUGUCAGAAAAAAAAACAUUAGGAGAAGAAUAUCAAGUCCAUCCAAGGGCCUACAAUGGGUUCUUUCUCGUCUCGGAAGAAGAAGUCUUCAGAAGGCACAAAUGCAUCAAACGCCCCUCGUCGACAACGAUGAUGAUGAUGACGAUGACGAUGAAGAACACGACAUUGAACUAACUUUUUAUUCUACCACCCACUUCAUGUCGUCAAGUUCUUAUGGGCCUAUUUCGAUCAAAUGAGCCUCGAAGAAAUUAUUGGCUCUGGUAAUAUUGAAGUGAAAAAUACCAGGCUGUGCUGGCAAUUUUGCAGUGAUGAGUGAGCUUCAAGCAACGGUGGAACUAUGCGUCGAGUUCCAUAAAUUCUACAACGUCGACCUUUUCCAACGAGGGUUCUACCAGAUUCGGAGCUACAUCAAAGCCGCGCCAAAACUUCCAUGCAAGAUUGAGGUGUCCUUGCCCAAAAAUGAAAUCACAAAUGAGACCUUUCCACCCAGCAUCAUCAAUGGAACAGCAGUCACGAAGACCUUCCAAAUUCUGUAUCGCAAUGAGGAGGUGUCACUUCGGAACAAUGCCAACUUUAAGGCUCACUUCAUUGUGGAAGCGGGGAAGAUUGAGGAGACCCUCGACAAGGCGGACCUCCAAUUGCAUAUUGAGUUGUGGUACACGGAGAAUGGAUUCGGCAUUAGUCAACAAUCGGCCAUCGAAUGCGUCUCGGCUCGGGUCCUUAGCCUGGCUUUUCAGCCCACCCGAGGCUUGCAUUACCAUCUUCCUGUGCUCUUUGAUUAUUUCCAUUUGUCAGCCGUCUCGGUGACGAUUCACGCCAUAUUGUCAUCGAUUCAUCAGCCCUACAUCAAGAAGAAUGUUCUUAAUCUUAUGCAAAAUCGCUCCGUUCGAUCCUCACCAGCCAUGCAGAAUAACAAGCUCAACCAGCAAUCCUCCUUGAGCAGCUUUCCCUCCUCGUCUUCCACAUCCUCGAUAACUUCCAACGGAAAAUCCAACAAAAAGGACUCCAAGAAGACCAACCACAAGCAACAACAGCAGGCUCACCAACAAAUGAGCAAUGGUUCCACCAUGGAGACCGUUUUCUUUGGACCACCUCCUGGGAAAGGAAAGAAUUGCUUGGAGAAUGGCGCCCGAUUGAGUUCAGCUCGAAAAGUCCACCACGAGGUUUGCUCGUUAUUGCUUGGUGCUUAUGAGAGCUUGCAAUGCUAUCACCUCGAGUUCUCGAAUCUGCUUCCGGAAGCGGAAAGGUCCAAGAUUAAUCUGAACGACUGCGCCAAACGUCUUUCCAAUUUGUCAGAUUUAGCCAAGGAAUGUCAAAGCCGUAUACGAAUGCUCCGCUACCAAAAUGAUUCGGGAUUGAGCCCGCAUGGAUCGAUGGCUCCGAGGAGUGCUGCGGAAAUUGCUGAACGAUGGGAAAGAUCCCGCUGGCAUUUGACAGUCGAUUCAGAGGACGAUUUUCUGGCCAUGGCCAACAGUGAUAUAUCCCAACUUUGUGGAGAGAUUGUCCUACUUUGGAACUCGUUCCUUAAGGCAUUUACCAAUAAACCUCAGAUCUUGCAGCAUUUGGCUCGAAUCCACCACCUCCAUCGGGUGAAAAGAUUUUCCGAAGCUUUCUUUGUCAUAGAGAACCCUCGUACCUCAGCUCUGGGUUGCUUCGAACCCAAUUAUCAGACGUACGCCCAAACGGCAGAAACCGUCCGGAAUUCGCGUUAUUUCUCGCUCAUGCCCAAAUUGCCUGUUUCGUGUCCGGACAUGGACGGCGACGUAUCCACUCUCCCGGUGAUUUUCGAGGACAUCUAUCAAGCCGAACCAAUCUUGGGUGGUCGUGGGCGAAGGCAUAGUCUUAGUGAUAUAAAGAACGUGGAGGGAGGAACCACAAAUCAAAGCCCAGAAACCAUGUCCUCUAGUAGUAGUAGUAUGAAUAUCAACUCGUUGGCAGAUGUUAAAGGCCGACGACCCUCGUCUGUGCCGUCCAUAAAGAAACUAGAAGAAAAGGCAAAGAUUUGCAAGUCUGAAGCGGGAAGCAUCAAUUCAGAAAAGCAAGAGCAGCUCACCAAGUCUGAAGCGGGAAGCAUCAAUUCAGAAAAGCAAGAGCAGCUCACCUUGUCCUCGGGAUAUUUUUCUCAAGAAUCCCUUCCCAAGCAAAAAUCCUCGCCCCAAGAUCCAUUCAAUUUUAAAUCCAAUCCAGUGGCCGCACGUUUCUUGGCUCUGGAUGAAGGCUCUCUCAGAUCCUUGAAUCAAACAGCCUUAGGUGGCGUGCGCUCGUCUCAGAAGCCAAAUGCUGGAGCCAUCUCUCCAUCUUCGUCGUCCUCGGGGACUGAUCGCGCUGAUAUGAAUGCUAAGGUUGUGAAUGAAACCACCAAGGAGAACGAUAUCAAUGGCUUUUCUCAUUUGGAGUGGAGUGCCAGUGUUCCAUAUAAUUUGGCGGAGGAACCUGAUGAAGUGGCUGGGAUGAAGCAUUCCCACAGCUGUCAAUCGAUGCCAUCCAUGACAGUGGAGCAUCUUUCCCUUCAAAAACAGCCUUCAGAUCCAGCGGUGGCCAAACUAAAGGAGAUCCAAGAAGACAAUCCUUCAAAUGCCAAUGAGAAUAUUUCUUCCGAGGCGAACCACUCACCUUCGCUCAAUGGGGAAGAUACUUUGAUGAAAACCACUGACACUGACUCAUCUCCAACGAGUGAUAUUAAUAAACCUGAGGACGAAGACACGGCCAUCAGUCGUGUUGACGGUAAGACGGAGUUGAGCAAAGGAGACCCUGCUGAAGAACCCUUGGCAAGUGGUUUCCAAUCCAAGUCAAGUGGGGGCAAUCAUCCAGCGGGAUCGCUCAAGUCCAUACGAGAGAGCCAGGAAGCUUUAAGUAAGAAAUUGAAUGAGGUCCGUCAGAAAAGCCGCUCCACCCACCGAGAAAGGCUCAUUCAACAACGGCCUCGGGCCAAAUCCGAGGAGGUCUCCGAAAAGUUCCCCGACGAGCUUCGACCUAGGUCACGAAAGCAGAGCGAGGGAGACGCCCUCGAACUCAAGCCAUUGGAUGACGAUAAGAGCGAGGCAGACUCCGAAUUGAGUAAGAAGAGCCACGAGGAUUCGGAUAAGACCUUAAGUGCUCCCAAACUGGUCCAAGGCCUCAAGGGCUCAGGGGGACAAGGGAAUACACUUCCUCCUCCCCCAAUGCAAUUCCGUGAUCCCCCUAGGAAGAAUUGCGACGAGGCUGUGUCCAGUUUGAGGAAAGAGCGGGCCAUGAAGAUCCAGCGGUCAUUGGAGGAACGCUUCACCAAGCGGAUGUCUCAAUACGAAGACACCUUGCAGCAGCAUAAAUUAGACACGCACUUGUCAAGUGUUCCCUCUUCAAAGGUCAAUGGGGCUUCUCGUGAAGAGAGCCUCCUUAAUGGCACAGGACUUGGAGAGGGAGGAGGAGGGGGUGGAACAAUGCCAAUUAUGAGAAAAGUCAAGGAGAUUAGCGAGCAACCCAGUAUUCCUCCGUCGAGCUCGUCGUCCUUAUCCAGACUCGAGCUGAGGCAUCAGAAACACCUGACGGAACACGUGGAUCGCACUCAAAAACUUGUGGGACACGAGGAUCCAGAAGAUGCCACUCGAACCAACUGUUUCGUAAUGGAACAGACUGGAGAUUGCAUGGAAACAAAGACUUUGCCUCGGAGUUCGAGUCGGAAACUAAGCCCUAGACAUUUCGAUCAUACUGCAAUCGGUGAGGAUAUGCUUUCCAACGAUUUCCGCCAACAUCACGAGCGAAUUCUGCAGCGAUUGGUCUCGAUGGUUGGAGAUCAAACACUUAACUUUAUUAAAGCUAAAGAGGAAUUCAAGAAACUGGUUACUUUUCCGGGGAUUCUUUAUAGUGACCUAUCUCGUUUUCCAUCGUUUGUGCCUUACUUCCAUUUGACCAAGGAAACUCGGUUGUUGAAUCCGCGGCAAGUCCAUUUGAUUGUGUGCGUCCAUGGUUUGGACGGGAAUUCGGCGGAUCUCAGACUUAUUAAAACCUACUUAGAAAUGGCUCUGCCCGGUCAUAAUAUGGAUUUCCUCAUGUCAGAAGUCAACCAGGGUGAUACCUUCUCCAGUUUCGAGACCAUGACGGAUCGCUUGGUAGAUGAGAUCCUUCAGCACGUUGCAAAUUAUCCAAUGGCAUCUAUCCCUUCCCGCAUUUCGUUCGUUGGGCAUUCCUUGGGCUGUAUCUUGAUCAGAUCUGCGAUAUCCCGACCAAAAGUGUCACAUUUAGUGACCAAAUUCUACACCUACCUCUCGCUUUCCGGGCCUCAUCUCGGCACCCUCUACAAUAAUUCCGGACUAGUUAACAUGGGUAUGUGGGUGAUGCAAAAAUGGAAGAAAUCCGGCUCCCUUCAUCAGUUAUCGCUCAAAGACGCUCAGGAUAUCCGCCAGACCUUCUUAUAUCGGUUGUCGCUCCAGUCGAACUUACACAAGUUCCGCCAUGUUCUUUUAGCUGGUUCCACCCAGGAUCGAUAUGUUCCAUGGCAUUCGGCCAGAAUCGAACUGUGUAAGGCGGCAGCCAAGGACAAUUCCGUCACGGGGGCAGCAUACCGAGAAAUGGUCUCUAAUAUCAUCUCUCCAAUAGUCAAUUCUCCAUCGGGCACGCCUACUUUUGUCCGUUAUGACGUUCACCACGCCCUACCAUCUAAUACCAACUCUCUGAUUGGACGAGCGGCUCAUAUUGCCGUAUUGGACUCGGAAUUAUUUAUCGAGAAAUUCCUUAUCAUUUCUGCCUUGAAAUAUUUCCAAUGACUGAAAUAUAGAUGCCAUCGAGCAAGCAAACGUA